ACUUCUGUACUUGACAGUUUACUGGCUUUAAGUAAAUUAUAAAGAUGUUUGGUGGUGGUUUUAAUGAAAAAAAGUUGAAGGUCAACCUUCGGCUGUCUAUAAAUCGUCUGAAAUUGUUGGAAAAGAAAAAGACAGAACUUGCGAUCAAAGAACGACGUGACAUCGCUGAAUAUAUCAGAGCAGGAAAACUUGACAGAGCAAGGAUUCGUGUUGAACAUAUCAUAAGAGAAGACUAUAUGGUGGAAGCUAUGGAAAUAACAGAAAUGUAUUGUGACAUUUUGAUGGCAAGAAUAGGGCUGAUGUUGGCAUCGAAAUCUUUGGAUGAAAGUUUGAAGAAACCCAUUUCUUCUGUAAUAUGGGUCUCAUCAAGACUUGCAAAUAAUGUAGAAGAAUUGAUGGUUAUUAAAAAACAUCUUGGUGCCUACUACGGAAAAGAGUAUAUGCAUGCUUGCCACACAAAUGAUGUUGGUACAGUAUGUGAUCGUCUGAUGCAUAAGCUUGAUCCCUCGCCACCUCCUAAAAAACUUGUCGAGCAAUAUAUGAUUGAAAUUGCUAGAUCUGGCAACAUAGAUUUUACACCGGAUGAAGAUGCAUUACGAGAUGAUAUUGGAGCUGCACCUGCUGCUAUUGAGGAGUCUGAGUUGAUAGCCUUGUAUGACAAGGCUAUUGAUCCACCUUAUAAUGGACCGAAAGGGCCUGGUCCUAAUGGUGGAGGUGGAUUUGGCGGGGGUGGUGGCGGCCAACUUCAAGCCCCUGCCCCAUUUUCAUACCCCCCUAGUGCUUCUGCACCUGCUGGAUAUCCUGCGGAAGCAUCUGGUUUCAGUGGCCCAUCACAAGGUCCAACUAAUUUACCCCCAUAUUCACCCAUGGAUCCUAAUGUGGGCGGUGCGUCAUAUAUGGGGCCUCCUCCAGAUAUGCCAGAGGGUGCUCAGGCUCCACCUUUGCCACAGAAAAACCCAGCUGGUUCCCCAGAGAAAAUGCAUUUCGUCGAUGAUCCUGGCGUUACCCCACAAUUUCCACCUGACGUAACAUCAACGCAAAAUGGCCCACAACCAGGACAAAGUAGCAUUCAACCUCCAGUUCCAGCACCAAGAAGUGUUUCGCCUGGAAUUCCUGACCUACCAUCUGUACCCAGUUCAUUCAACACACCACCAGCCACUGGAGGAGGUGGCCCAGCAAAUACUGGUGGUGAUGACAUGGACUUUGAUGAUUUGACUAGGCGAUUUGAAAAUCUUAAAAACAAGAAGUGAAACAAAGUGGAAACUGGCAAUUAUCUUCAAUAGCAAACAUCUUAGCAUAUAUGCAGUGGGCAGUGUGCAGCAGUUCUCAUCGUAAUUAUCUUUUUACUGCUUGCACAAAUCCAGUUUCAGAUAAAAACAUUAGUUAUCAUGUAAUGUGUACAGCACAGUACUUUAUCUGAACAUCAGUUACUUUUUUAUAUGUGCACUUUUACCAUGUAAUGUAAUUUUUCUGUAUAUGAAAAUAUAUCUUGAAAUCCAAGCGGUUCAAUCCAG